GUCUGAAGAAGUCUCCUUCUUGACAACCACUCUCUCUCACUCUCUCUCUCUCUCUCUCCCCGGUUACUCUGCAGAAGAAAAGAACAUGGCUGAAGCUUUAGUGGGUGGAGCUUUUCUCUCGGCUUCCCUUCAAGUUCUGUUUGAUCGGAUGGCUCCUCAUGAUUUCAAAAACUUCUUCUCGAGACGAAAAGAUGGUGAUAGACUCCUAAAGAAGCUGAAGAUGACUUUGCUGGCCCUUAGAGCAGUGCUCAAUGACGCGGAGGACCAGCAGAUUACCAACCAAGCAGUGAAUGAUUGGCUCGACGAGCUUCAAGAUGCUAUCUACCAUGCCGAUGAUCUACUGGAUGAGAUCGCCACCAAAGCCUUGCAAAGCAAGCUGGAUGCUGAGUCCAGAGGCAGCACAAAUCAGGUACAAGCCAUCAUCUCUGCUUCUACUAGUUCAUCUAAUACUAGUGAUUUAGAAUUGAGGAUGGAGGAGAUCAUUGAUACGUUCGAAUCUUUUCUAAAACAAAAGGAUAUCCUUGGUUUGAAAGAGGAUGUUGGAAAGAAAAAGUGGCAAAGGCUGCCAACCACUUCUUUGGUAGAUGAAUCUGAUGUCUAUGGUAGGGAUAAUGAAAAAGAGAAGAUAAUUGAAUUGUUGUUUUCUGGGAAUGGUAUUCAAGUGAUCCCCAUUGUAGGAAUGGGCGGGGUGGGCAAGACAACCCUUGCUCAACUUGUAUACAAUGAUGCUAGAGUCGGUCAGAAUUUUGAAAUGAAAGCAUGGGUCUGUGUUUCUGAUGAAUUUGAUGUUUCUUUGAUUACAAAAAGAAUUGUUGAGGCUGUGACGACAUCAACCACUGAAACUAAUGACCUUAACCAACUUCAAAUCAAGUUGAAACAGAGCCUAGCACGGAAGAAAUUUCUAAUUGUUUUGGACGAUGUUUGGAAUGACAAUUCAAUUUACUGGGACCUCUUAAGAAGACCAUUCAGAACUGGAGCACCGGAAAGUAGAAUUAUCGUAACCACACGGAUUGAUAAAGUUGCAUUAGUCAUGGGCACUGUUCCUAGUUAUUGUCAAUUGAAGCAAUUGUCAUCAGAAGAUUGUUGGUCAUUAUUUGCAAAGCAUGCAUUUGAGAAUGGAGAUUAUAUGGCUUAUCCAAACCUAGAGACAAUUGGUAGAGAUAUUGUGAAGAAGUGUGGAGGCCUGCCUUUAGCGGUAAAAUCGCUUGGAGGGCUCUUGCGGUCUAAUUUGGAAACUGAGGAAUGGAAAAAUAUAUUAAAAAGCAAUAUAUGGGAUUUGGAUCCUAACAUUCCUCCAGCUUUAAGAUUGAGCUAUCAUUAUCUUCCUUCGUAUUUAAAGCGAUGCUUUGCAUAUUGUUCAAUAUUUCCCAAAGAUUACAAAUUUGAAAAGGAACGAUUGAUCCAUUUAUGGAUAGCCAUAGAUCUUGUGCAGCAACCCAAAAAUAACAUAUUAUUGGAAGAUGUAGGUAAUUACUACUUUCGUGAACUAUUGUCGAGAUCUUUCUUUCAGAGAUUAAGUCACGACUCCGAUUCUAAUUUUGUAAUGCAUGACCUAAUCAAUGAUCUAGCUCAACAGAUAUCUAGAGAGUUUUGUUUUAGGUUGGAAGAUGGCAAACCCAUUAAUCAUAUCUGUGAGAAAGUUCGCCAUUUCUCAUACGCUAAGGACAAUUGUGACGGAUUCCAGAAAUUCAAGGCUGUUAACGAGGUUAAGUAUUUACGGACCUUCAUAUCAUUUAAUUCAAAAGAUCACUAUAAUUGUAUCUUAGGCAAUAAGGUACUACGUGAUAUGUUGCCAAGCCUGAGAUGCUUAAGGGUUCUAUCUUUGUCUCAGUAUCGUAUUUCUGAAUUGCCUCAAUCGAUCGAAAGUUUGAUACUUUUACGCUAUUUGGAUCUCUCUUAUACAAAUAUCAUACAAUUGCCUGAUGCAGUAACAACAUUGUGCAAUUUACAAACAUUAGAUUUGUCAUAUUGUUGGAAACUCACUAAGUUGCCUUCAAAUAUGGGAAAACUAAUAAACUUGCGCCAUCUUCAUAUCGAAGGAACUGAAUUGACCGAAAUGUCGACGCAAAUGAGCAAACUGAAAGAUCUUCAGCAUUUAGCAUAUUUUGCAGUUGGCAAGAAUAGUGGCUCAAGGAUUAGUGGGUUGAAGGAACUCCAUCAACUUCGGGGGCAACUCCGUAUUUUAGGGCUGAAAAAUGUGACAUGUGGUCCGGAUGCAUCAGAGGCGAAUCUAAAGGGAAAGGAGCACCUUGAAGUGUUAGAGCUUAAGUGGGAUGGCGAUACUGACGAUUCACAAAAAGAAUGUGAUGUACUUGACAAGUUACAGCCUCAUCCGGGAGUGAAGGAUCUUAGCAUCAUUGGCUAUGGGGGUACAAAAUUUCCAGAUUGGUUAAACAGAGCUUAUUCAUUUCAUAAUAUGGUGUCCUUAAAACUAAUAAGGUGUGGAAAUUGCUGUUCUUUGUUGUCGAUUGGUAAGCUACCCUCUCUGAAGCAUCUAAGAAUUGAAGGGAUGAAUGCAAUAACUAAGGUGAGUCACGAGUUCUAUGGGGAUGCUGCUUCUUUUUCUUUGGUCAAACCAUUUCAAUCUCUAGAGAUAUUAAGUUUUGAGAAAAUGGAAGAGUGGGAGGAAUGGCAUGCAUUAGGGGCUGGAGAGUUCUCUCACCUUUUAGAAUUCUCUUUGGUGGAUUGUCCUAAGUUGAUCGGUGAAUUACCCAUUCGCGUCCCUUCUUUAAGGAAAAUAGAAAUUUCUGGAUGUCAAAGGCUUGUGCCAAAUCAAGUGAGGCAGCUGCUGCUGCACGUACCUUAUCUUGAGAAAUUGACGAUUUCGGAUGUGUCGGACUCGGUGGAAUUGCAGCCGGGAUUUUGCAAAUUAAUAAAACUUGAAAGGUUGAUUAUAGAGAAAUGGCCGAGCCUUGUGUCAUUUCUGGAUUUGGAGUUGCCGAACAAUUGUCUUCAAGAGUUGCACAUCUCUAAAUGUUCAUCUCUUCUUCAGUUGCCUUUAGCCAUUGGUUGCCUACCUGCUACAUUGAAAAGACUUUCCAUCUCCUCUUGUAGUAGUUUAGAGUUUCACCUGAUGGAGCAAAAUCACCAUACAUGUUCCAUUGACAAUCUGAGCAUAAUCAACUGUGACCUUCUGAAGACUUUUUCAUUGAGUUUCUUUCCAAAGCUUACAAAGCUCACGAUCGCAGAGUGUAUUAAUUUUGAAACGCUUUCAAUCCCAAACAGCGAAGAGCUUCAAAAUCUUCAAUCUCUUGAAAUAAUAGAUUGCCCUAAAAUUGUAUCUUUUCCCCAUGGAGAUGGAGGAUCAUUGGCUGCUCCCAAUCUGACCACGUUUUUGGUUUGGGAUUGUAAGAAUCUGAAGUCGCUUCCGCAACGAAUGCACACCCUCCUCCCAUCUCUUCAUACGCUGUCGAUUCAAAACUGUCCAGAAGUUGAAUCAUUUCCAGACGGUGGUUUGCCAUCAAACUUAACUAAUUUUGUGAUUCGCAAUUGCGAGAAACUGAUGAAGGCCCGGAGGGGAUGGAGUUUGCAAACACUCCCAUCUUUUCAACAUUUCAGAGUAGAAGGUGAAUAUAAAGAAGAAGUGUUGGAGUCAUUUCCAGAGGAGUGGCUAUUGCCCACCACUCUUACUUCUCUUACAAUUGGUAAUCUUCCAAAUCUGAUAUCUCUGAACCACAAGGGCCUUCAACACCUCACCUCUCUUAAAGAUCUGUACAUCCACAGAUGCCCUAAGCUCCAGUCCUUGCCAAAAGAGGGGUUGCCCAAUUCCCUCACUGUACUUUCUAUACACGGAUGCCCGUUGCUGAAAUCACGUUGUCAAAGGCAGAAAGGGGAAGAUUGGCCCAAAAUUUCUCAAAUCCCCCGCAUACGGUUCGAUUUAAAGGAAGACGUCAUAAACUUAGAGUGGAUCUUCCAAAGAAUUGCCAGCCUCCGAUUUUCUCGUAACUUGCACUAUUUCCAGGCAAAUAUUGAUAUUGGAAUGUUUUCGACAAUAGACUUCCCGAGCUAUGGGACAGAAAUCAGUUCUGUUUUGGUUUAUGAAGCAAGCAAAUCCCUCAAUGUUCUACUAGUUACAGUAUACAUUUUAUGUCCUGAACUAUUGAACCCAUUCAGUACAAUGAUCAGGUUGGCUAUGGGGAUUUAUUGCAGAUUACGACGUCCCACUAAUGGUGCUUGUGUGGAAAUCUGUAUCUUACAUACCGGUAAACAACUUCCCAAGAGGGACACCAAGGAAAUGUUGAUUGUUGUACUUUACCACUUUGAUAACAGCGUCGCAUCUCAACUUUGCACAACCAAAGGAGUUCUAUCUGAAAAAACCAGUUCAUAUCAUUACGAUCUUCUUCUUUUGGGAUUCUUGAUUCUCAAUACCCUCUCUUGGUCUGAAGAAGUCUCCUUCUUCACAACCACUCACUCUCUCUCUCUCUCUCUCUCUCUCUCUCUCUCUCUCUCUCUCUCCGGUUACUCUGCAGAAGAAAAGAACAUGGCUGAAGCUUUAGUGGGUGGAGCUUUUCUCUCGGCAUCCCUUCAAGUUCUGUUUGAUCGGAUGGCUCCUCAUGAUUUCAAAAACUUCUUUUCAAGACGAAAAGAUGGUGAUAGACUCCUAAAGAAGCUGAAGAUGACUUUGCUGGCCCUUAGAGCAGUGCUCAAUGACGCGGAGGACCAGCAGAUUACCAACCAAGCAGUGAAUGAUUGGCUCGACGAGCUUCAAGAUGCUAUCUACCAUGCCGAUGAUCUACUGGAUGAGAUCGCCACCAAAGCCUUGCAAAGCAAGCUGGAUGCUGAGUCCAGAGGCAGCACAAAUCAGGUACAAGCCAUCAUCUCUGCUUCUACUAGUUCAUCUAAUACUAGUGAUUUAGAAUUGAGGAUGGAGGAGAUCAUUGAUACGUUCGAAUCUUUUCUAAAACAAAAGGAUAUCCUUGGUUUGAAAGAGGAUGUUGGAAAGAAAAAGUGGCAAAGGCUGCCAACCACUUCUUUGGUAGAUGAAUCUGAUGUCUAUGGUAGGGAUAAUGAAAAAGAGAAGAUAAUUGAAUUGUUGUUUUCUGGGAAUGGUAUUCAAGUGAUCCCCAUUGUAGGAAUGGGCGGGGUGGGCAAGACAACCCUUGCUCAACUUGUAUACAAUGAUGCUAGAGUCGGUCAGAAUUUUGAAAUGAAAGCAUGGGUCUGUGUUUCUGAUGAAUUUGAUGUUUCUUUGAUUACAAAAAGAAUUUUUGAGGCUGUGACGACAUCAACCACUGAAACUAAUGACCUUAACCAACUUCAAAUCAAGUUGAAACAGAGCCUAGCACGGAAGAAAUUUCUAAUUGUUUUGGACGAUGUUUGGAAUGACAAUUCAAUUUACUGGGACCUCUUAAGAAGACCUUUCAGAACUGGAGCACCGGAAAGUAGAAUUAUCGUAACCACACGGAUUGAUAAAGUUGCAUUAGUCAUGGGUACUGUUCCUAGUUAUUGUCAAUUGAAGCAAUUGUCAUCAGAAGAUUGUUGGUCAUUAUUUGCAAAGCAUGCAUUUGAGAAUGGAGAUUAUAUGGCUUAUCCAAACCUAGAGACAAUUGGUAGAGAUAUUGUGAAGAAGUGUGGAGGCCUGCCUUUAGCGGUAAAAUCGCUUGGAGGGCUCUUGCGGUCUAAUUUGGAAACUGAGGAAUGGAAAAAUAUAUUAAAAAGCAAUAUAUGGGAUUUGGAUCCUAAUAUUCCUCCAGCUUUAAGAUUGAGCUAUCAUUAUCUUCCUUCGCAUUUAAAGCGAUGCUUUGCAUAUUGUUCAAUAUUUCCCAAAGAUUACAAAUUUGAAAAGGAACGAUUGAUCCAUUUAUGGAUAGCCAUAGAUCUUGUGCAGCAACCCAAAAAUAACAUAUUAUUGGAAGAUGUAGGUAAUUGCUACUUUCGUGAACUAUUGUCGAGGUCUUUCUUUCAGAGAUUAAGUCACGACUCCGAUUCUAAUUUUGUAAUGCAUGACCUAAUCAAUGAUCUAGCUCAGCAGAUAUCUAGAGAGUUUUGUUUUAGGUUGGAAGAUGGCAAACCCCUUGAUCAUAUCUGUGAGAAAGUUCGCCAUUUCUCAUACGCUAAGGACAAUUGUGAUGGAUUUAGGAAAUUUAAGGCUAUUAAUGAGGUCAAGUAUUUACGGACCUUCAUAUCAUUUAAUAGAAAAGGUAAUAUCUUAGGCAAUAAGGUGCUACGUGAUAUAUUGCCAAGUCUGAGAUGCUUAAGGGUUCUAUCUUUGUCCCUGUAUUGUAUUUCUGAAUUGCCUCAAUCGAUCGAAAAUUUGAUAUUUUUACGCUAUUUGGAUCUCUCUUUUACGAAUAUUGUACAAUUGCCUGAUGCGAUAACAACAUUGUGCAAUUUACAAACAUUAGAUUUGUCAAAUUGUUGGAAUCUCACUAAGUUGCCUUUGAAUAUGGGAAAACUAAUAAACUUGCGCCAUCUUUAUAUCGAAGGAACUAGAUUGACUAAAAUGUCGACGCAAAUAAGCAAACUGAAAGAUCUUCAGCAUUUAGCAUAUUUUGCAGUUGGCAAGAAUAGUGGCUCAAGGAUUAGUGGGUUGAAGGAACUCCAUCAACUUCGGGGGCAAUUCCGUAUUUUAGGGCUGAAAAAUGUGACAUGUGGUCCGGAUGCAUCAGAGGCGAAUCUAAAGGGAAAGGAGCACCUUGAAGUGUUAGAGCUUAAGUGGGAUGGCGAUACUGACGAUUCACAAAAAGAAUGUGAUGUACUUGACAAGUUACAGCCUCAUCAUGGAGUGAAGGAUCUUGGCAUCAUUGGCUAUGGGGGUACAAAAUUUCCAGAUUGGUUAAAUAGAGCUUAUUCAUUUCAUAAUAUGGUGUCCUUAAAACUAAUAAGGUGUGGAAAUUGCUGUUCUUUGUUGUCGAUUGGUAAGCUACCCUCUCUGAAGCAUCUAAGAAUUGAAGGGAUGAAUGCAAUAACUAAGGUGAGUCACGAGUUCUAUGGGGAUGCUGCUUCUUUUUCUUUGGUCAAACCAUUUCAAUCUCUAGAGAGAUUAAGUUUUGAGAAAAUGGAAGAGUGGGAGGAAUGGCAUGCAUUAGGGGCUGGAGAGUUCUCUCACCUUUUAGAAUUCUCUUUGGUGGAUUGUCCUAAGUUGAUCGGUGAAUUACCCAUUCGCGUCCCUUCUUUAAGGAAAAUAGAAAUUUCUGGAUGUCAAAGGCUUGUGCCAAAUCAAGUGAGGCAGCUGCUGCUGCACGUACCUUAUCUUGAGAAAUUGACGAUUUCAGAUAUGUCGGACUCGGUGGAAUUGCAGCCGGGGUUGUGCAAAUUAAUAAAACUUGAAAGGUUGACUAUAGAGAAAUGGCCGAGCCUUAUGUCAUUUCUCGAUUUGGGGUUGCCGAACAAUUGUCUUCAAGAGUUGGACAUCUCUGAAUGUUCAUCUCUUCUUCAGUUGCCUUUAACCAUUGGUUGCCUACCUACUACAUUGAAAACACUUUCCAUCUCCUCUUGUAGUAGUUUAGAGUUUCACCUGAUGGAGCAUAAUCACCAUAAAUGUUCCAUUGAUAAUCUGAGCAUAUUCAACUGUGACCUUCUGAAGACUUUUUCAUUGAGUUUCUUUCCAAAGCUUACCUGGCUCAGGAUCAGAAAGUGUGUUAAUUUUGAAACGCUUUCAAUCCCAAAGAGCGAAGAGCUUCAAAAUCUUCAAUCUCUUCAUAUAAGAGAUUGCCCUAAAAUUGUAUCUUUUCCCCAUGGAGAUGGAGGAUCAUUGGCUGCUCCCAAUCUGACCGUGUUUUGGGUUCGGAAUUGUAAGAAUCUGAAGUCGCUUCCACAACGAAUGCGCACCCUCCUCCCAUCUCUUCAUACUCUGUGUAUCGAAAACUGUCCAGAAGUUGAAUCAUUUCCAGACGGAGGUUUGCCAUCAAACUUAACUAAUUUUGUGAUUCGCAAUUGCGAGAAACUGAUGAAGGCCCGGAGGGGAUGGAGUUUGCAAACACUCCCAUCUUUUCAAUAUUUCACCGUAGAAGGUGAAUAUAAAGAAGGGUUGGAGUCAUUUCCAGAGGAGUGGCUAUUGCCCACCACUCUUACUUCUCUUACAAUUGGUAAUCUUCCAAAUCUGAUAUCUCUGAACCACAAGGGCCUUCAACACCUCACCUCUCUUAAAGAUCUGUACAUCCACAGAUGCCCUAAGCUCCAGUCCUUGCCAAAAGAGGGGUUGCCCAAUUCCCUCACUGUACUUUCUAUACACGGAUGCCCGUUGCUGAAAUCACGUUGUCAAAGGCAGAAAGGGGAAGAUUGGCCCAAAAUUUCUCAAAUCCCCCGCAUACGGUUCGAUUUAAAGGAAGACGUCAUAAACUUAGAGUGACAAACACUCAUCCAUGCUCGCAUUGGAUGGAUUCCUCUGGUUUCUAUUCAUACAGGAAGAGCCAUCCGUAAUUCCUUCCACUCGGCUCCAUCAAAGAUUGACGAUCAAAUCACAUUAAUUUAUGUCCCAACUUGCCCAGAUGAAAUUUUCAAUUUUCAAUCAGAAACAAUGAUGGAUGGCAAAGGAAAAGGAAAAGGAAAGAAGAAAGCAGAAGUCGAAUAAAAACAAUCCACAGUUUUCAGUGGAUCUUCCAAAGAAUUGCCAGCCUCCGAUUUUCUCGUAACUUGCACUAUUUCCAGGCAAAUAUUGAUAUUGGAAUGUUUUCGACAAUAGACUUCCCGAGCUAUGGGACAGAAAUCAGUUCUGUUUUGGUUUAUGAAGCAAGCAAAUCCCUCAAUGUUCUACUAGUUACAGUAUACAUUUUAUGUCCUGAACUAUUGAACCCAUUCAGUACAAUGAUCAGAAUGCUAAAAGCUCAGCUUGAUUACCACGAGGACACGGGUUUGAGACUUUGAGGCUAACUACUUUGCAAAAAAAUGUGCCCAAAGGUUGGCUAUGGGGAUUUAUUGCAGAUUACGACGUCCCACUAAUGGUGCUUGUGUGGAAAUCUGUAUCUUACAUACCGGUAAACAACUUCCCAAGAGGGACACCAAGGAAAUGUUGAAUGUUCCUCCUCUGUAUAUUAUUAAAGGAUUUAAUCCUGCAGCUAUGAUUGCUGUACUUUACCACUUUGAUAACAGCGUCGCAUCUCAACUUGCACAACAAAAGGAGUUCUAUCUGAAAAAACCAGUUCAUAUCAUUAUGAUCUUCUUUUGGGAUUCUUGGUCAUACGAUACAGUCUCAUUGGCUUCCUCCUUCCAAUGGAGUUAUUCCACAAUCUACAAUGCAUGCACACAAAAACCUUAGCCUGCCUAAAACAUCAGGACAUAUAGAUGUGAGUCGAUUCUGGUGUUGGAAAACUAAUGCCGUAGCACGAAAAGACGGCCUCCUCUAUGGGUUGCAGUAAGGCAAUGGGGAGAGAUUAUCCCUUCAUUAUUGUGCGCAUUUCUUGAAUGAGCGUACCAUAUUGUUCUCUCAUCUCAUUUCUACCUCAGCAACGGCAAUUUCAUUCAGAGUUUACAUAUAGUUUACAAGUUUAUUUCAAGUUUUAUCAUCAAACUGAACGGUAUAUUAUUUUAACCAUAGCCAAGGGAGACUAUUAUUGUAUUCAGAAUUGGCUGGUUUGUCAAGUUUGGAGAUGGUCGUACCAGAGAACUAGGAUCGAAAAACUGUUUUCUUUAUCUAUUUUCAUCUUUGGAGGGUUGGAGAGAGCAUAGUAAGAUUUGUAAUCUUCGUAAGAGACUAGCUUUUCUUUUCAUGUUUUCUUUUAUCACUAAAUUACACUGGUACACGAAUUUGUGAGUUAAUACUGAACUUUUGUGAUCAACUCAUAAAAUUUUCAGGUGGGAUCUUUGUAGUGCA